AUAUUCUUGAAGCUCGUUUAGACGACAUAGAUCAUUUUGUCGAUAAUUUGGACGAAAUUAUUUCAAAAAAAAAUAAUAGCUAUGAUUUGAAUGAAAAUUCAAGAUUAAAUGGUUUAGAUCUUUCAACUAUUGAUAUACAGAAUCUAUUAAUGAUUUCGAAUAAUAUCGGACUUGGAUUAUACGACGUUAUAAAUCAUAAAUUUCCAAAAGAAUGA